UGAGGCAGCGGCGCUACUCACUGUGCCACCGUACUGCCCCAGAACUUGUACAUUAUUUAACCAGGAUGCGUUAUGAAAAUGUUAAUUGAUAUCAUUAGUCUUGAUGAUGAGGCAGACAACAGGAGCGGCGUUCCCAACGCAUCCCACUGGUCCACAAAGAUUUGUAGUAAGGAAAAUGAAAGGAGUGUAAAUUUAGAUCAAAGUAGCUCCGACGCAACUUAUUUUUCAUUUCUCCAUAGAGCACUCACAGCCGACACCCCCCACCCCGAUCCUCCUUGUCGGGGAGGAGUGUCUGGUAGCGCUGCGGCGGGGGGGACUCGACUGUCUGGGCGGGGGAAACACAGCCUUUGGGAUUAUGUCUCGGCCUUGAAAGCUCCGAAACGGGCAGGGGUGCGGCUGUCAAGCGCGGGGGCCGUCCUGCUGAACCCCCUCCCCCCAGCAGGCCCCCCCUCCAUUUAUCCCGCCAUCUCCGGCAUCCUGCUUCCCAGAGCGUGGCCCUCCGGACGCAACGGGAGAAACGCCCGCAGGGGUCCGAGAUUGGUUCCUCGUCCCCGGAUCUAUUGCGAUCUGCGCUCGGCUGCGCCCCUAUAGUCUUCGUCCACGCCCUCGGCGGGGGUCCCCGUCAUGAAGCUGGGCUCCGCUCUGGGCCUCCUCCUCUGUCUCUCCUCUGUGGGGGGGGCAGAGGCCAAGCUCGGCAGAGGCAGGCGGGUGCCGACGCCCGGGACCGAGCCUCCGUCCAGAGCCGGCAAUCUCCUGAAUAAGUCGAGACACCGGUGCGCCUGGGAGACGUACGGGGCGGAUGAGAUCACGCUGCGGGUGAGGUGCACCCACGAGGGUGGCUCGUACCAGUGCCGAUACGCGGGCCGGCCCACGUUGUGCUCCAGCUACAGCGACGCCCCCGGCCUCUACUGGGCGCAGGUGGUGCGCAGGCUGCGCAGGAGGAGCCACGCCUGUGACGGGAGCAAGGUACUGAAGGUGCAGGCCUGCAAGCUGGCUCCUGCCCGGUCGCACAUGAGGCAGUCGGCAAGAAGCAGGAGCGAGAGCCCAACGGAGGAACCGGGACAAGAGCUGCGGGGGAGCGGGAGGAAAGGGGGGCGGACCCCCGCCAGAGAGAAAAGACCCCCCGAGGAAGAGAGGCACACGUCCGUGGAGCUGAGCGCCACGGAGCCAGAGGAGACCUACUGCGCGGAGGGCUGGAGCAGCGUUUGUUCCUUCUUUCUCAAAUUCUUCGAUGGUUAGAACUAAUGGAGCCAGAAAUACCCCCCCGACGCACUUCGAUCGCUCAGCGAAAUUUAAACCGUUUCGGUGGUACUGUAACACACAUUAAUUCACUGUCAAACGCCUUAGGAAACACCUGUCUGAACUCUCAGAUUUCCUUAACAUUUUUGUAAUUACUACUCAGAAGUUUUAAUAUAUCAUGAUCAUUGAUAUAUUGACAUAUGUUGUUUUAACAAAAAUGCAUAAUUUUUCAUGCAGAUUUCUGGUACUUUUAAAAAAUGCAAAAAUAACUGUUACGCUGGUAAAAGAAGCGUUAAUAAUUAAAUUGCUUAACAGAAAUCAAACUUGAAAACAACUGAAAAACUUAAAGACUAAACAAUGUCAUGGGGGGCACAGCGGGGCACCGGGGUUGUCUGGGUCCUGCUCUCCGGUGGGUCUGGGGUUCGAGUCCCGCUUGGGGCGCUUUGUGAC